GGCUGGGGUCGUAUAAGUUUGCCGAAUUCCCACACCGCUCCUUAUGUGGAUCCUACCCUCACUCUACGAACUUCUACUACCAAUAGGCCACACACCGACUAACAUCGUGAGGUUUUCCUCUUCUUCAAAGAGCGGUGUCUUCGACCCUCUUUCUUACAAUACUAUUGACCAUUCCAACAAGCAAUCCGCGACAAUGAGCUCAAAUCUUGACUUCUCGCCAGAAGGUCUAUUAGACCUUUCGUUCGAGCAACGUGACCCACGAUACCAAUUUACCAAUAUGACUACGCGUUCGACUUGGCCACUGCCGUUGGAUAUGGCCUCAGGAGGAUCUGACGACCGACGGGAAACUUCGCCAGGACAUAGUGGACACCAACAGUAUCAAACCGGACAUCAUCAUAAUUCUCCCACGUUAUUGACAGAUUGGCCGAUACACCAACAACCUCAGCAUUUGUCACCCCAGCAACUUUCCCCUCAGCAACUGUCGCAAUUUAUCCCGGAUAACUCGUUGAUGGGACCACAAUAUACGUUUGGCAGCCCGUAUCAGACUUCACCUCUCGACUAUGGCUUACCUGCAACCACACAAGCAGCUCUCGAAGCCAGUCUCCAGAUGGAAGCUCCAUUCAACGGACUCGCACAAACGGUUGAGGCACAGGCGAAUCAAUGGCAGGAUUGGCAUGAAUUCGAGUAUGCGAUGAAUUUUACCUCGAACCAUGGAAUUCCAAGUAUCGGACGACAAAGUCUGGGAAGCAACUCACCGACGGGUACCUACUUGGAAGUGCUCUCGUUACCCAGUUCGAGUAGCGAUCACGGAUGGUCGACAGUCGAUACGUACCAGGAUUUCAACACCUACCAGCAAGCGCAAAACCAAGCAAUUUUCAACCCCGGUCAGACACUGCAUUUGCGAAGUCACUCGGAUUCAUCGCAAUCCGAUGGUCAUCAAUCGAUCGAUACGUUUGGUAGUUUUGAGGAUUUGUCAGGAUACCCAUAUUCGCCGUACUCACCGGGCUCGGAUAGCUAUUUGGAUGUGACGGGUGGACAUAGGAAUUGUUUCCACGGCGAAGCACACCACCACAGUCACGAUAUUAUCAGCCCCGCGGCGGCCGUUCCCCCGCAACCCAUCCAAGCUCCAUCUACAAAAUCCACCGCUGCUUCCACGACUUCCAACCGUACCUCCCCAUCCGGCACCUCCUCGCCUCCCGCGAGACGCAACUCCGCACCCCGCAAGAGCCCCACGGCCAAAGCCACCAAACCGGUCAUCCGCCGCACCUCCAACGGAAAGAAGGAUGCCCCAACCGAGAAGCGCGUGGGACGAAGACGCGGCCCCUUAUUACCAGAGCAGCGCAAACAAGCUAGCGAGAUAAGGAAAUUGCGAGCCUGUCUCCGCUGUAAAUUCUUGAAGAAGACGUGCGAUAAGGGUGAGCCCUGCGCGGGAUGUCAGCCCUCGCAUGCUCGUUUGUGGCAGGUGCCGUGUACGCGUAUCGAUAUCAAGGAUAUUGGUUACUUCAUGAAGGACUGGAAGGCGGAUUAUGAACGUCACGUGGGGAGAGGUGUGUCUGUUUAUAAUAUCAAGGGGUUCUCGCAAAAGGAGGAGUUGCUUUGGAUCACUCAUGGAUAUGGAUUCGCUCUGCCGAUUAUGGCGAGAGAGGUUUAUGUGAGUGAUGAUAGUUGCUUUAAUGUCGACUGGGUUGAGGGUGAUCACGAAGAGCCCAUUGAGUUUGAAACUCGCACGGAAAGAAUGUCUGCUGGUUCUGAAGGUGUCUCGAAUGAAGCAUUAUCGGAGUACCUCGACAAACACAUUGAUGGACCUUUUGAAGAAUUCAUCGAUGAGUACUUUGAGGGCACCCCAUUCAUUACCGAGAUCUUGAAGACUGCUCACCGCUACUACAUGAAAGAGAAGGUUUCCGUCGUCCGCAAGGCGCUGAAACUCGUUCUUGCCUACAACCUCACCUUACAUGUUACCAUGGUCGAGCAAAGAGGAGACGAGCACCCAAUGGAAGGAAUCAUUGACGACGAGGACUCCAAAUUCAACGGAAAGGUCGUCGCCCCCGUCAUGAUCAAUUUCCAAAUCAAAUGUGCCCUUGCCGACAUGUGGCGCGAACUCCAAAAGGAGAUUCUCGAAGAAUUGUCCUCGCUAUACUCUAGCGUUUACAGUGGCGACAGACUCAAGAACUGGCCUACCAUCUUCAUGCUUGCAUCGAUUCUUCUCGCCGUGUGGGAGGAAAUGCAAUUCGAUUGCCACUACCGCGUUCCCGAUCAAGCAGCCGUCAACAAAUUCUGCAACGAUAUGGAAACCACCCCAGUAGGCGUCAUCGUCGGAUUAUUCCACGCCAUUUCUCAGAAACUCCCUGCGUUUACCGAUUGGGAAACUAGAAGACAUGGUCAGCUCCUCAACAACAACGUUGCUGUCUGCGAAGCCAUGACUGAAAUGAGAGGUCACGUAACCAAGCAUGAAUCCUAUCUCAAAACCCGACCUGACGCAAAAUUCGACCGUCGAGACUUCGACUGUCUCUCCAACAAAUUCCUCUCCAAACUCGUCAUUCGCGCAAAUUAAUCAACGGAUCCAUCUCUCCAUCAUCAUAUCAUGUAUCAUGAUGUCCCAUGAUCGAUCCUUCUCCUCAUCUCUCAUUUGCAAAUAUAUACCUCUCUCCCUCACCAUAUGCUAUAUAACCCCCAAUUGCAUACACACACCCACCCACCCUGUACAGAUUUGUUACCGGUCCGUCUCCGGUCUGCGGUAACAAGAUAACGAAUUCAAUGCUCUUCAUGACCAACCA